AUGACGGUGAUCUCGAUACUUGCUCUUUUAUUCCUUGUUCUUUCAACCGCUGAGGCGAACAGGAUUGAAGACGAGACAGGAAGCGAAGAAGAGAUCACUAUAUCCAAAUCAGAUGUCGACUUCGGAAACCAUGCCGUCAGCCUGUUGGAGGACGAGCUUCGCAAGCUACGAGAGUCAGCUCGUUGGUACCUGAAGGGGAAGGCGCUUGAAGUGCUGCAAAGUGUGCUUCCAUAG